UACUUUGUGGUGUUUCGCUAGUCAUUGCAAUCAGGGUAAUCAGUCAUCAGAGAAAGUGCGAGAAACUAUUGAAUUACUAUAAAAUAGUGUAAAAAAUUUGUGAUUUGCAUCAUUUUGCAUCAAGUCAUUGCCAAGACAUCUCAGUUUAUUAAAAAAUUACCAAAAACUAGUGAAAAAUGGAAUUUCCAGAACUAGGAAAACAAUGCCAAGUGGCAGAUUGUCAGAGGCUAGACUUCCUGCCCGUUAAAUGUGACGCCUGCAACAAGAUUCUCUGUUCUGAUCACUAUAGCUAUGAGAGACAUUCUUGUACAUCUGUCCGGAAGAAGAAUGUCCAGGUACCAGUGUGUCCACUCUGCAAUGAACCCGUGCCUACGCCUAGUGAUGUCUCUCCAGACCUCACUGUAGGUCGUCACAUCGAUCAGUUCUGUCGUUCUGACCGGAAGCCAGUGUUUACCAAUCGCUGCUCCUUCCCAGGCUGCAGACAAAAAGAGCUAGUACCGAUUCUCUGUCAGCAGUGCAGGAAGAACUAUUGUAUCAAACACAGACACUUUGGGGAUCAUCGAUGUGCUGGGAAUGCACAGAAACCUCAAGGAGGCAUCUUCAGGGAAGCUAGACCCGAUCCAGCUCAAGCUCGACGCAUUCAAGGCAAUAUGACGGAGGAUGAGGCUCUAGCUCAUGCCUUAGCCCUUUCCAUGCAGGAGCAGGGACGACAACAACCACCCCCUGUGGCGUGUGGAGGGGCCCAGAGUAGUUCAAGUACCAAGGACAAGUGUUCACUGUCGUGAUGGGCCAUUUGUUUACCACUCAAUUGAAUUGUCUACACUCAUUCUCUACAUCAGACAAUUCCAAUGAGAAAACUAUAGGGACGUAAUUAGCUUGAUAGGUAAAUUGUAAUUUUUCUGCCAAGAACUCUUUUAUCCUGAUAUAUUCACGAUCUUCAGAUCAAAUUCUUGUUAAAAUUAUUAAAGUUUCAAAUUAUUAUACCAAUGUAUUUUGAUGAAUUUUAUUCAAAUUUAAAUUUACUAUUUUUUAUGCAAAAAAAAAGAUAAAAAACGGUUUCAUUUUGUAAAAUUUACUGCUAAAACUUAAAAAUAAAUAAAUAAAUUAGAAUCAUUC